AUGUCUUCGCAGAAAAGCAAGAAGAAGCAGAAGAAUACCUUCCGAGUGGGGGCUCUACAUCGGACGGGGAGACACGGUGACCAUGGGACUCAUUUCCGCGCCAAUGGCGAGGCUGUCGGGAGGCUCGUCAACGUCCAGCCUGCGAAACGUCCUCGCCUUGGAGUUAACGAUGCUCUUGGGUCCUGGACACCGUUUACCGAGGAGGGAUGGGCGCAGUCUGCUUCUUUGGCAGACGAAGUCAUGGUGGAGAUCCCGCCCAUAAGGAAAUGGUAUCUGAGCUCGGACAACCCAAUGGCCGUAUGGCGGAAACACAAGGCGAAGUUUCUGGACGAGUUACUUCGAGCUGAAGGUCUGGGUGGGGGCUUCCACAUACCUACCUGCGCCCAGUGCGGACAAGAAGCCAUCCGCUUUUUCAAGUGCCCUCACUGUGGCCAGUUUUUGCAAUGCGAAGACUGUCUCAAACGGCGCCACGAACAACUCCCUCUACAUCGUCCACAGAUGUGGAAUGGCCUAUUUUGGACAACAUGUUCUCUGUACGACGACCCAAACGCGGAUGUGCGCCUGGGAAUGUGCUACCAACUCGGACAUUACGGUUUUCCUUGCGCGGCGCCGGAGCCCAUGGUGCGAACCCUGGUCAUUUUAGAUGUCGGGGGAAUCACCAAGUUAGAUUGCCGUUUUUGUGGAUGCUCUGAGAGUCUUCGCCAUCGACACGGCCACAUAUCACAGCUGCUCGAUAAUGCGUGGUAUCCUGCGACAAUUUCGAGUCCAUCGACAUGUGCAACAUUCGAACUGCUCGACAUGUUCCGACUGCUGAAGGUUGUGGGGAAUGUCACCGCCCACGACCUUCUUCGCAGCCUGGAGCGAUUGAGUAAUGCGACCUUGACGAGAAAAAUGCCCGACCGCUAUAAAUCUUUUCUUCGAAUGUCAAGACAAUACGACUAUCUCAUCAGAGCUAAACGCGCUGGCCGGGGACAUUGUCCUAAUGGUCUUCAAACGACUGGAGCUGGGGGUUUGGCUGUACAAUGCUGGGCUUGUCCAGAUCCCGAAUGUAAUCUACCGGAGGGGUGGCAAGAGGCUCCCCAGAGCGACUCAUUCCUCUAUGCAUUAAUGCUCACCAUCGACACCAACUUUAGGCUCAAAAACCGCAUUCAGUCUAACGAGCGUGAUGACCCAUCGCUAUGUGCGGGCCAGGGCUAUUUCGUUCUCAACGAGCCCUACAAGCAUCAUCUGCGUAACUACGUGGCUGAAGAGGAUACGAGCACGUGUAUUGCCUUCCAAGCCCUCAUGCAAAAAGAGACAAAACUUACAACUGGGCUACGCGUAUCCGGAGUCGGCGAUUAUGCCAAUAUGGAUUGGGUAGUGCUAUCGGCUUUGCGCUGGACCACCGUACGGCGAUUGGUGUUAUCCUACGACAUCGCUUGUCAGUGGAAGCAGCGUUUGAAACUGCGGGCCAAGGUUUUGGUGAAGGGCGAGGAAGAGCGGGUCAAAGAAUGGGCCAUUGACCACGGAUGGAGUAGCAGCAGCGAACAAGGCCCCGUUCCCUUGGCUGGGUCGAAGGCCAUCGGCACCGACCUCGAUAACUACGACAUCCAAUUUGCACUCCCCGUUUGGCACGCAGCAGCGCACGAAACAAGCUGCCAGGCGGCAAAUUCUUUGAGCCAUGCCGUUGGCGUUGGGCGUACCGAUGGGGAAGGCAUCGAGAGAACGUGGGCUCUUUUGAACCCAAUCGGAUAUUUGACGAAGGAGAUGGGGGAGGGGAGCCGACAUGAUGUGAUCGAAGAAAAGGUCGACUAUUUGAACUUUGAGAAGAACGUGAAGGAGGGGGACACGUUGGCGAGGAAGAUGAUCAUCGCAAUGGCGGAACGUGACAGGCAAAGGGAGCAAUUCAAAGAGGUCGAUGUCAGCCUGACCCCGGCAAUGCGGACGGAUUGGCAAGGAAGACUGGAUCGUUGGAAUGCCGACCCAUCUGCUCCAAAUCCUUAUGUCCUCGAUGGUAAUCAAGGUCGGUCGGAGGCACAAAUACUUGCCGAUUUGAAGCGCGCCGAGCUGGAAGACCUGCGAGGGGGGACCUGGAGGAUAUGCAGUGGGCGACGCAUCACUGCCGAGGUCAAGGAAGCAACCAACUUGACUGCUGAGCGCUCAAGUCAGAUUGACGAACAACGAGCGUCGUUCUACAAGAAGCUUCAUAGCUGGGAAACACAUCAACGGGUAUUCAUGCCGGGGGUUGGCGCCUUACGCCUGAAGGAGGAGGAGAAAAGGAAUCCUGAGGCGCCACCUCCACUGGCCGAAGAAAUAAAACUGUGGUUACCGUCGGAUCUUACUGCAGAAGAACGGCGGCUGGCUUGUCGGACAGGACUGGCGGAGACGGAAUCGAAACUGCGGCAGGGACAAUGCGCAGACGCGUUGGACAACCUGCGCGGCCAUCUACAGAGCAAGAUGCACAUAAUCGAUUACCGAAACGCUAAUGCUGUGGGGCAACGAGCAUCAACCCGGUCCAAUACGGUCAUAACUCGGAUUAACGGACAUGUGAAGCGGGAAACGAUAAAGUAUAGGACAGCAUACGAGGCUGGUCAGCGUUUGGAGGAGGGUUUUGCCCCGGAGUUCCAGACGCUGAAGGAUGAGGAUAUACGGGUAAUGGGCGAGGUGGAAAGCGAUGCGGCAGCAAGAGCAGCUUUAGGCCGAGCGGGAACCAAUCGACGUCUCAGAAAUGAGCCAGCAAUACCAGAACGACCGAUUCCUGUGUCCUGGAUUUGGAGGGGCUCUGGGCCGCAAGGUCUACAUGAUUCUCUACGUGUGCAAUGGACAAAGGCGGAGGAAAUGCGGAGGGUGUUGCAGAGCCUGAACGCAAUACAGGAGGAAUGGCGCGGAAGGGUCGAUGGCCGGCCAGAGGUCGAUGUAGCACUAGACGAAGGGCUGAAGGCCUAUGCGCGUCGCCAAGCAACCGUAUAUGGGCGGAUUUCCGCCAAAUUCCAAGCUCGAUGGAGCGCAUCGGCAGCGGAGGGCGUGCGAACGGUGCUGGAUGAGGGGCGGGAGCAUGACGCCGAGGAGGAAGCGGAUUGGGAAGAUGUGGGUGCGGACGUAACCGGAGCUAGAUAG